AUGGCUUCAACUCUUAUGGUUGGUCUUGGUGUGGCCGGCGCUGCCUUUUUGGGUCGCGCUGGUCUGGUCGCCUACCGUCGCUCUCAGGGCGGCGUGAACGCUGCUGGUAAGGCCUUUUUCAAGGGAGGAUUUGAGCCGCGCAUGAACCGUCGCGAGGCUGCGUUGAUUCUCGAACUUCCUGAACGAACCCUGACCAAGGAUAAGGUGCGUAAGAAGCACCGUCAACUCAUGCUGCUCAACCACCCCGACCGUGGUGGCAGUCCCUACUUGGCUACCAAAAUCAACGAAGCCAAAGAGUUCCUCGACAAACACACCUGA